AUGCCAGUCUCAGAACAAACCGCCGCCCAGAUCCUAGAGGGCAUCCCCGCCCGCGUCCGCGGUCCCGGCGGCGCAAUCGCCGUCCUCAAAGACGGCGCCCUCAUCGGCCAGCGCGUCUGGGGCUACGCCGACUUAACCCGCAGGAUCCCCAUGACAGCCGACACGCUGCUCCCGAUAUGCUCCAUCUCAAAACAGAUGCUCUGCGCCCUCCUCUACGACCUGGAACACAACCCGCCCGCGAAAGCCGGCGGCAGCGCCGACGUCAGAGCCCAGCUCUCCGCAAAGCUGGCGGAGCUUCUCCCCCCGGAACUCACCCGCAACGGCACGGGCCUGACCAUCGACCACCUCUCCAACAACCAGUCCGGGAUCCGCGACUACUGGGCCCUCAGCGUGCUCUGGGGAGCCCAGCCCGAGGGCCGCUUCUCGAUCGCCGAGCACGGCGGCCCGAUGCGUGAGCGGCUCCGGAGUUUCCACUUCCCGCCGGGGACGGAGUACUCCUACGCCAACACCAACUUCCACAUCCUCGGCCGCGUCGCGGAGCAGGUCACGGGGCAACCGCUCGACGCGCUGCUCCGGGACCGCGUCUUCGCGCCGGCGGGGAUGAGGACGGCGCGGCUGUGCGCGGACACGGCGGGGCUGCCGCCGCCGUGCGUGGGGUACGAGGGGGACGAGGCGCGGGGCUACGUGCCCGCGGAGAACAGGAUCGAGUGGGCGGGCGACGCGGGCAUCGUGGCUUCGUUGGGGGACAUGGUCGCCUACGAGCAGUAUCUCGACCGACUCGCGAGGGAGCCCGGGAGCUGGUACGCGGCUGCGCUGACGCCGCCGGCGUAUAGCGAUGGCACGCCGGCGACGUACGGCCAGGGGCUCGGGCACGGGAAGAUUGAGAAUGUGAAGAUUGUCGGACACAGCGGCGCGCUGCGGGGGUUCAGGCUGUACAGGGUCCAGGCGCCGGAGGAGCGGCUUUCGGUGGUCGUGCUGCUGAACCACGAGGGCAGCUCGGGCGCGCCGGCCGAUGAGAUCAUUCGCGGCCUGCUCGGGCUGAAGAGGGCGGAGACGAGCCCCGUCGAGCCGGACCCCGCGUGGAUCGGGACGUUCCUGGACAAGGAGACGCAGUUGGCGAUCACGGUGGCUCGGGGGGUCAAGGGCAAGGUUGUCAUUUCGUACUCUGGCUCGCCGGAGCCGGUGACCCUGACGAAUCCCAAACGCGGAGAGUCUCCUGGCAUGAUUGCGGAGAUCGCAGGAGAUCAGCUGAAGAUCCGGCGGCUGAAGGAGAACCGGACCCUCGAAGCUUCCCGGCUUACGCUGGGCGGGGCGGUUGAUUAUGCGUCGUUUGACGGCGCGUAUCGUUGCGCUGAGAUUGACUCCGUCUUUCACUGCGAUAAUCAAGGAGGGCUGCUUUUCGGAUCUUUUGAUGGUUUCUUGGGAAAAGGGCCUGCUCAUAUAAUGCGGUAUAUCGGACAGGAUAUCUGGGCGCUCGUUUGUCCGCGUGGGAUGGACGCGCCGGCUCCUGGCGACUGGACGGUUGUGUUUCAUAGAGAUGGCAGCGGCUCGGUAACUGGUGCUACUGUUGGGUGCUGGCUUGCCAGAAAGCUUGAGUUUACCAAGAGUUCGUGA